UAAGAUGGUUAUCGUCUUAUUUAUCUAUUUUAGUUAGUUUAUUCCAGUAUUUUAUUUCUCACCGUUGGAUCUAGCUUUCCCCCUCAUAUUUCCCUCCCCUCCAGCCGCCUCUCUCUCUCUCUCUCUCCCGUGGGUUCCUCUUCCAGCCGUGACUCCGCCGCCUCCUCCGUCGCGUAGUCGCCGGCUAGCCGAGCCCCUCCCUUACGGCCUCACCCCCCCCGCGGAUCUCCCCCGCAGCUCCUCCCCAGCCCACGCCGUAGCCCAACUGUUAUUAUGGCUGACUGAGAAGUUGCAAUGGGCAGUACAGAGACACAACAAAAAGCUGGCCUUCCUCUAAUUGUUAAACUGGAUAAGGGAUUGAAAUUGGCUGAACAAUGGAUUAAUACUAUGACCAAAGUUGCAGAAGAUGAACCAACAGAAGUAGAAUUGGAGGCUCGACCUUAUAGGCUUGGACUUGGUGCAAAGGUUUCGCGUCAAUCCAAAGUUGGACCUUCAAAUGAUCCACUUGAAAGGAAACUAUACGCCAAGUUAAACAAUGGAAAAAGAAAAGCUUCCAAAAGUGCCAAGGAAUGCAUGCUGUCUGCUAGAGAUGGAGGUGAUGAUGACUAUGAUGCUGAGGAGAAUUUAGACAGCAGAACAACUGCGUUUGACAAGAAGAGAGCAGGAGCUUCUAAGACUGCAUUUUUACAAGCAAAUAAAAAACAGAAGUAGCUAUUUUUCAAGGACUUUUACCUAUUUUAUUCUGUCGUAUACUUUUAGGAGGGAUGUCUUUGCUUUGUGCAAGUAAUGCAUUUUUUGGAAGUUGGGUAUUUUUUAUGUGACGCUGAUGGCUUAUUCUAAUUUGAAAUCGACUUGUACUAAUUUG